AUGGCAUUUCACCUACGAUUACGCCCUUCGUUGUUUUUGGGUUGUCCCAAUUUCAAUGUGAAGUCUCCAGUUUUGUGUAAUAAAUCCUACAUUGGAACGAGGAAGCUUUCCGGGUCUAGGAUGUUUGUUUGUUGUUCGACACCAAAUGAUGCUCAUAAGUUAGUGGCAAGAGUUAAAGAGAAGCUUCAAAGCGAAUAUAACAAUCUCCCAGCUGGAAAAAAUGGAAGAGAUGAUGAAGAGCUAAUUCUGUGGUUUUUGAGGGACCGGAAGUUCUCGGUUGAUGAUGCUGUAUCCAAAUUGACUAAAGCCAUAAGAUGGUAUCACGCUUUCGGUGUAUCAGAACUUUCAGAACAAGCUGUAAGGUCAGCAGCUGAAACUGGGAAAGCCUAUGUGCAUGACUAUCUUGACACUUACGAUAGACCAGUUCUAAUUGUAGAAGUGUCCAAGCAUUUACCUGGUAAGCUAGAUAUUUCUGAAGAUGAGAAGUUAUGCGUAUAUCUUGUCGAGAAGGCUUUAAGUAAACUUCCAGAUGGAAAGGAACAGAUACUUGGAAUAAUUGAUCUUCAUGGAUUUAGUACAGAGAAUGCAGAUCUCAAGUUUUUGUCAUUCCUGUUCGAUGUAUUCUACUAUUACUAUCCGAGGAGGCUAGGUGAAGUCCUUUUUGUGGAUGCUCCUUUCAUAUUCAAGCCAAUUUGGCAGCUAGUCAAGCCCAUGCUGAGAUCUUAUGCAUCACUGGUGAAGUUUUGCUCAGCCAAGACAGCCAUAAACACGUAUUUUACCCUUGAAACAGUUCCUCCCAGCCUGAGGAGAUGA